GUAGACUCGUUGCCUGGAUACGGCUCGACUUGUUGCCAUAGGAAAGCUGGUCCAGAAGAAGCAGCUCGCACCGACUAUCUGAACAUUCUAGAAUUCGGUAGGAUGUCUGCACUUCCUGCAAAGCCUGGCCUGCGCAACGUUGUGUCAGAGUGGAUCAACAACAACCACCAGCUGUCUGCCACAGCACAACAUGAGCGACGUGUUUCUAAUGGGAUCCGGCAAGAAGGGAGUUCACUACGCAACGAGACCAACUGUAAGACUACCUGGGAUGAAAGCGAUACCUCUCGCAGGUUGAGUGACCGGGUGUGGGAUGUUGCCCGGUGGAAAGAGGCGUUAGAAACCUGUGCACAGAGAGUUGACGAAGAGAUGGAGGCUCUGACCUUGUCUAAAGAGCAAACCGAGCAGGCCCUGGCUGCGACUGCUGUUCCCCUGGAGGUUGGCAGUGAAUGCUUGACGCUUAGGGACGGGCGGCGAGGGUACGAGCUUGCCACCGACCCCGUAGACGAACAGCUGAAAAAAGAAGUGGAGCUUAUUGAAAGAGUGCAGCAAGUUCAGCAGCAGCACAUAGACAAGGCCUUUGAGCAACUGUGUGUUUUGCAGGAGGCUCGGCACCAGCUGACCGCUGACCUCCAGAACAAGAUCGACGCCCUGGACAUUGAUAUGUCCUGCCUGUCACUUACUAUAAAGUCACCUCAGAUCUCCCUGAAGACCAACCCAACUCGCAUACCAUCGGGCUCCUCCACCCCCGAGGAGUGGGUCCAGUUCAGCCAGUAUAACGUGGCUCGUGCCCAGGAGGCCAUGCAGGUGUCACAGCAAAUGAGGGAGGACAUGAGUCUCACCAGAGCCCAGCUGCAGAAUGAGUUGGACAUUCAGCGCCGUGCCACAGACUUUGCUCUUCGUAAGCGCAAUCACCAGGAAGAGCAGGCUCGUGAUGAGCUGGAGUGGCAAAUAAGAAAUACUGAAGAUGAAAUGGCAGAAAUGGAAAGUGAAAUCCACGGGUUGGAUGCAGAUCUGCAGGCAAAGACGGCCUCCCUGAAACUGGCUCACACUCGACUGGAAAACAGAACCAACAGACCUGGCAUGGACCUCUGCAGAGAUGAGGUGCAGCACGGCCUGGUUAAUGAAGUCCAACAGCUGGAGGCCACAAUCACAGCUCUGAAACAGAAGCUUUCUGAAGCUCAGCACUCUCUGCAGAAGAUGAAGCUGCAUCACUCCCGCAUGCUGCAGGAUCUUUCCAGAAAACAGGAAGCCCUGUCUCUGGAACAACGAAGCAUGAACACCCGCACCCGCCUCACAUCACCAUCCUGCAGUGAGAAAACCCCGGUGCUGCUGGUUCCGCUAACAAACUCCAGUGGCCGGAGAAACCUGCAGCUGCUGGCUCAGUAAGAUGAUGGUAUCCAAUUUUUGAAGGGAAGGGAGGGCAUAACUCAAAUACAUUAAGCUGUCGUUUUUAGCUUUUACUUCAUGCUUUAAGCCCUGUAGCCAAUGAUUCGUCCACACUUGAGGUACAUUCAAUUCUCUUAGUCUUGAAUGAAUUCCCAUUACUGCUCAAGAACAAAACACUUUCCUGAAUUUAACUGAUUUCAACAACUGUAAUCCUCUCCCGCCCUGUCUAGACCUUUAUGUGGUUAGUUUGCUUUGAGUUGUGUUAACGAUCAAGUAUAUGUACUUUAUCUGGGUUUAUUUAAGUUUUACCAAAAAACUGUGGAUUAUAUGCUUGUUUCCUCCCGUCUUAAUAAAACUCAAAAAGUCAUGAAGAUAUUUCUGGCAUAUGAAUGAAUUUAUGCAUUUGAGGUUUUCUUUUUUUAGUUAUUUCGUACAAUAAUUCAUGUUCAUGACUGGUAAGGUCAUUACUUUUAUUGACCAUUACAUCUAAUGGCUUUGUUUUGCCUUUUCAUAUUGUUUGAUCAACUGAUGCUGUUUGGAGCAUGAAGACCGUGAUAAUGACCCAUA